AAUACCUCAUUCCCCGUUUGAAAGGAACUAAGGCUAGCGGCUAGCAUGGGACGCUCGCUCGCACAAGUCCUUAUCAGUCCGAAGGACAAUGCUCUACCGGAGCCAAAGAAACGAGUAUGGUAAUUUUAGUUCCAGUUCUGGAAGUAAGCUGGCCAGGACACUCACUCAACCUUCUUGUGCAGUUUGAGCGACACAGCUCCAGCACACUACCAGGGAAGUACCAUCACCACUUCAAACAUGGAAAAAUUUAAUUUUGUGGUCGUAGUACUUUUCUUGAUGGCAAGUGCAACUAUUUGUUUAACUACAGCUUCAAAGAAAAGUGCUACCAGCUUUGGCAAAGAACCUAAAGUAUCCCAUGGUCCAACUGUACAUGCUGUGGGUAAAAAUGAGGGGAAAUCAUCUUCACGCUUUUUCAGUGGUGUGCCUCUUUCCUUAAGUCCUAUAGGGAGCUUCUUCCCUAAUCCAUUAGGAGCUUUUGGAGGUUUUCCAUCUUUACCAUACUUGGCUCCUACUCCAUAUGGACAAAUGGGAGGUCCCUUGAGCUAUGGAGGACUAUACCCAUCAAAUGCUGGUAAUUUUGGGAGCAAUUUUGGAGGUUUCUCUACAUCGCAGCAACAGCAACAGCAACAACAGUCACAAACUGGAGUAGGAACAGGUUUUAGUGGAUUUCACCCAACAUAUUCAGGAUGAAUAACAUGUUACAGUAAAAAUGAUUUAGUUGUACGUACAAAUGUUUUUACUUGUUUUGUUUUUGCUAUUUUAAUUACAAACUAGAAGAUAACUUUUUAUUCAAGAGUAAAGUCAUAGGGUGAAAAUGCUGCUCUAAAACGUUUCACAAGGGCACAUUCAUCUUCUUUAUCUUGUUUACAAUCACGCCAAUCUGCAGCACCCUCCUUGUUCAGAAUAGGUCCACUGGCAAGGACUUCCCUGCAAGCAAUAUUUAAAUAUUAAAAGUUGUCAAAAACAAGUGAGUAUACAGGUUCACAAUAAAUUUACCGUCCAAAAUUUAAGGAAAAGUUUUUGCGAAUUCGAUGAUAGAGUUUAUCUCCGCUGGGGAGCUCUACAUGGAAGUAUGGAACUCCUGCACCAGCAAUUUGGUCUAGUUUGGCAUGUUUAGGAAGUUCAUCUAACUCAAAGCCCUCUGCUUGAGCGCAAUCCUAUUUAAAAUUAAAAAAAAAAUUAAAAAAUGUAGUUCUUACUAUAGACCCAUUAUUAGAAAGUUUGACUCAUUGUUUUCAGCUGUAGUUUCAAAUGGUAGGUCAUACCUGAAAAACUUCUCGCAAUUCUCUUGUAGCAUUCUCUGGAAUUGGAAUGGCUUGAAUUUGCAUGUGAGAUGUCUUAUAGUUACGUUCAUAAAAAACCACAGCUUUUUUCUGUUUGGAGCACAUUUUUUUUAAAGCCUCUUUAAACCUGUGGAGGGAGUCAAUCAAAAUAGUUUACAUUACUAUUAUUUAGAUACAAAUUAUUUGUAAAAUCUAUAAAACAUUUGAAAACACUGCGUAUGUUUUAAAUUUAUAUAUGUGUGUAUAUCUAUAUAUACUAGAAUACCUUUCAAUUUCAUCUAAAAGUUCUUGUGAGGCCUCCGCAGUUGACUGGUGGUGUGUUACAGGGAGAAUCAAAACAUGAUCAUCAACAAUACCUCCCUUGGCCAAAGCUAAGUAUGCCUACAACAUGAAAGUGAUUGAUAUGAUAAAACAAGGCAAACCCACUGAUUUCAAACAAAGACAUAAACACCACGAUAAAUAUACUAGCCUCAGUUCCGAUACUAAUGACAAGAUGUUUUUCAACUUGAGGGCUUGAAAGACAAAACCAACAUUUUUCUAGAAAAAAUAAAUCAAGAUAAAUAAUAGUUGAAUUCUUUAAAAAUUAAAUUAGCAAAGGUUCAUUUAAAUUAUACUCCUUUAAUAAUAUUUAUACUAUACUAACCCUGGUCAAAAACAGGUCUUUCCCGUUUUUUCCUCUCCUGGCCUCCAUCAUCAUUUCUUCCACGUUUCCCUCUCCUGCUAUCUGAUGAGGCAUUCAUAUCAUAAAAGAAUUGUGUUGACUUUUCCUAUACAUCGAAAUAGCUUUAGAUUACAUAUCUGCUUCAAAAGAAUUAUCGCUUGCAUUACUUUAACUGGUAAGAUUUACCUGAACUCCCCUUGGAUUUGAAAGACGGACAAGCCCAGAAAAUGGUGACAUAGUCUCAUCCGUUGUGCCCUGAUACAACUCGGAUGCACGCAUAUGCUCCAUUGGAACUAUACUAAGUGCAUACAACCAUUUCUGUUUAGUGGGAUUGCCAACAGAUGCUAGAGCAAGAAACCUUGUAUUAUGUUGAGAUGUAUCUCCUUGGGCAGAUUCAUUCCUCCACAGAAAAGAAAGUUUGAAUGGUAUUGAGUCACAUCUACAGUUUUGAUUGGACUAAAUUACUUACUUGUAUGGCGAACGUUCAUAAUGCUUGUCAUGAAGGCCUGAGAAAUGGUACCUAGGUUUGAUGUGAGCUGAUAACCAUGAUAAUAGAUGUGAACCAACUGGAAGAUCUUUGUCCUGAAGACAAAAACAAGUAUUCAAGUGACUUGUAAGAAAAUAAAGUUUCAUGUUAAUAAAUUUGCACUUACAGCUUUA